AUGUCGAUGAUUUCCGCUUUCUAUAGUGGCAAGUCCAUUCUUGUCACGGGGGGCACGGGGUUCAUGGGUAAAGUGUUGAUGGAGAAGCUGCUUCGCACCAGCCCAGAUCUGAAGAUCAUUUACAUCCUUGUGAGACCGAAGGCUGGCCAAACAUUACAGCAAAGAGUUUUCCAUAUCCUAAAUAGUAAGCAUAUAGUGAAGCUCUACACGGUCCGAUCGGAUUGUAUGAAUCGGAAUUCGCUCAGUGUCAGAGGUAACUUCCUAGACAUUCAGCGGGACUUAUCUUGUCCUCUCUGCCAACAUACUGGGCGGAUCAGAGAAAAAGCCAUACAACUUAACGUGGUUGCCACCCAACAGCUCUUAACUAUGGCCAGUCAAAUGGAAAAGCUAGAAGCCUUCAUCCAUAUGUCUACUGCUUUCUCAAAUUGUAACCUGAAGCACAUUGAUGAAGUGGUCUAUUCAUGCCCUGUGGAGCCCAACCAAAUCAUUGACUCCUUGGAGUGGUUAGAUGACUCUAUAAUUGAAGAUAUCACACCCAAGCUGAUUGGAGAUCGGCCCAAUACUUAUAUCUACACGAAGGCCUUAGCAGAGAUCCUGGUGAAACAAGCCAGUGGGAACCUAAAUAGGGCUAUCAUCAGGCCUUCCAUUGUGGGAGCAACUUGGCAGGAGCCUUUCCCAGGUUGGGUUGAUAACCUCAACGGGCCUUCUGGGAUUAUUAUUUCGAUUGGGAAAGGCUUAAUUCGGUUCUUAAAAGGUACCCCCCUGGCUAUAGCAGACAUCAUUCCCGUCGAUACCGUUAUCAAUCUGACGUUGGCCGCAGGAUGGUACACUGCAGUCCACAGACCUAAAAAUACGUUAAUCUAUCACUGCACAUCUGGUACCAUCAAUCCCUGUCAGUGGAGAGAAAUGGGGUUCACAAUCAUGGAAACCUUUAACAAAGUUCCAUUAGAAAGACCUUUCAGAGUGCCAGCUAUUGGAAUGGCAUCCAACAGGCUCACCAACAAGUACUGGGAUGCAGUCGCCCAUCGAGGCCCUGCCAUGAUCUUCGACGUCUACUUGCGCCUCACAGGAAGGAAGCCCAUGAUGACAAAGCUCAUGAAUCGGCUUUUAAAAACGACUUCGAUGAUGGAGUAUUUCAUCAGCCACACCUGGGAAUGGAGCACCUACAAUACAGAAGUGCUAAUGCUCGAGCUCAGUCCAGAAGAUCACAAAAUAUUCAAUUUUGAUAUACGUCCAUUGAACUGGAUGGAAUACAUUGAAAAUUAUGUUUUGGGAAUUAAGAUGUACUUAUUAAAAGAGGAUAUGGCUAGAGUCCCAGAAGCAAAAAAACAAUUCAGAAGGAUCCGAAAUAUUCACUACCUCAUGAAUACUAUCUUGUUCCUCAUCGCCUGGCGCCUGCUCAUUGCAAGAUCUCAGAUAGCUCGGAAUGUCUGGUUCUUCCUCGUUCACUUCUGUUAUAAAUUCCUCUCUUACUUUAGGGCAUCUAUCACACUCAAGGCAUAAGAAUACUCUGUAACCACCUAUUAUCUGGAACCUCUUAGACACUUCUAAAACAGCCAACUGUGCUUCUCAAGCUGAGGAUGUAACAAGGAACAUGCCCAAAUGCAUUACUGUCAAAUGUGCUGUCACACAUGCCCUCCUGUGUCUUAACAAUUCUCUUUUUUCCCCCAGCAAGAGAAGGAAAGUUAUUCUAGUUCAUAAUCAUAUAACUAGAUUGUUAGAAAAAAAUUACUUUCCAUCACUCCCUUAUAGCCCAUUUAUAUGUUCUUGCAUAUAUAACACCAAAACGUUCUUUCUAGUCUUUCUUUUCUCCUUGAAAGAUGAUUCAACUCAAUAAACAUGAAAAAGCAGUGGGAGAAGCUGAAAAGUGCUAAAGAAAGGUACUUCUGACCUUGAGAUGUUCUGGGAUACCUUGUAGAAAGGUCUAUAAUCAAGUUCAGUAAUGGAGGAAAGGUCUCAACUUCCUUACACACACUGUAAGAGAAAUCAUUCUCCACUGAAAAAGCGUCUCUUUCCUUUCUGUGUUAUACUCUGAAAUUCUAUUUAGAGGUGGGAGAAUUGGAAAAAUGAGUUCACGUUUCAGUUUCUUCAACUACAAAGCAGAACACUCCCCAUUCACCCCUCCAAAAAAAUACACACCUAUUGACUGUCAAGUAAUUCUGACUUAAGACAAACCCAUGUGCUUUACGAGUAAAAUUCCGCUCCAGGGGCGUCCUUGACUAUUAUCUUACUCAAACAGAUUAAGAGGCCUAUUUGCCCAUGGCACCACUGGCUGGAUCCAAACUGCCAACCUUUCUGUUAGUAGCUUAGAGCAAACAAUUUGUACUACCUGAGGACCUUUCCUCAACUAUACUCACCUUUUAAGCCUAAAACUGAAUACAAGAUGUCAGUCAUGUAUGGAAUAUUGAGCCAGGGAGGGUUUCCACUGCAGUGUACUUACUCAUGCACCCAGGACAGCAAGGACUCAAAUAUAUUUGCAUUUGGGACACUAUUAUGCUUUCAAGUAAAAUUAGUCUCUCAUUUUGAGUUGGACAACUCUUAUUUCUAAAUGCCUUCUUCAAAAUCACCAUUUUGGUAACCCUCUUGAGUUUCUUGUUCAUCAAACUCCCCAAAUGCUUGCAUUUAAGCUCUUGCAUCCAGGCCUCGAUUAGCACGGCUCAUGUGAAGUUAGUUGUUCUAAGCUAGGAUCACAUAGAAACCCAUUCCCUUGCUCUUUGUCAUUAAAGAAAACAGAAUUGCAAAU